AUGAAGAUUGAGAGCAAACCCCUUAGAUAUGCCCACGCUGAAGGCCACACUGAUGUGUGUUAUACCGAAGAUGGCAAACAUAUAAUAACAUGUGGACACGAUGGCGAUGUAAGAAUAUGGGUUGAUAUAGAGGAUGACGAUCCUAGUUCCCAUUGCGUUGGUGAAAGUGCUCUUGCAGUUACGUUUAAAGAGAAAAGACUCUAUGUCGCGACGGAUAACCAUGCUGUGCAAGCUUAUACUUUUCCGGCUUUUGAUAAAGACGGUAUUGUUACGAGAUUCACAGCCCCCGUAACUCAAAUCAAGUCUACUGGAAAAAUUGAGGCCUUAGGUUGUUGUUCUGAGAACAUGGAAGCUAAAAUAUGCAAUCUGGAAGGUGGCGCUCCUCUGUUUGUAAUGAGUGAACAUAAAGGACCAGUUCUCAGUAUAGCUAUAUGCCCUCACAUGAAAUAUGCCAGUACAGCCAGUGGUGAUGGCGUCUUGAGGAUUUGGGAUAUAGACACACAAAAAAUUGUUAAGGAGAUCACAUGUGUACCUAAAAUAAACACAUUCUAUGCUGCUAAAGUUUUGUGUAGAAUGGAUUUUGAACCAUCAGAAGGAAAGUAUUUAGCUUACCCAAAUAACAGAGAGAUCAUAUUAUUGGACUGUGAAAGUUGGGGACAGCGGAUGACAUUCACACACAGUUCUAUUAAAUGUGCGGUAUCCCAGUGCCUGUUCUCACCAUGUGGAAAGUAUUUGGCCGGGAGCACUGUGGCUGGUCAAAUUGCAGUGUGGGAUAUUGAAUCUGGGUCAUUUGGGAUCAUCGAGCAUCCCACUUCACAUAAUGUGUCUGCGAUGGCAUGGAAUCCUAAAGGUAAUGGUGUCUUAGCGUAUUGUGAUGUUGCUGGUCAACUAGGGACACUUGUGAACUGCUAUGGCAAAGAUAGCAAUAAACAUGAUGCAGCAGAUGAUGAUAUUGAAAUGGUGGAAAGAGUAGAUGAUGAAAUCGUAGAUGAUUUAAUAGAAAACUAUGAGAGCGAUGACGAUAACGCCAUAUCAUUGGAGAAAAUUAAGAACGAGACGAUGGGAGUAACGCGCGCGUCGUCCCGCGCCUCCUCCCGGGAGCCUGCGCCCGCGCACACGCCCGUGCCGCGCGCCGCCCCGCAGGCGCCGCUGCAGCCCGCCGCCACACCUGCGCAUCUCGAGCACAGAUACAUGUGUUGGAACGAUGUAGGCAUUGUGCGGUGCCACACUGCAGAGAACGGCGAGUCCACUAUCGACGUGGAGUUCCACGACACUAAUUUCCAUCACGGCAUACAUUUGAACAAUUAUUUGAACCACACUAUGGCCAGUUUGUCCACCAGUGUACUUGCUCUGGCAUGUGAAACGCCAAGCAAGUUGGUGUGCAUAUCGCUGAUCGGCAGUAGUAAGGAGUGGAGCGCGUCGAUGCCCGACACAGAAGAGAUCCUGUGCGUGUCGGCGGGCGGCGGCGUCGUCGCGGUGGCCACUACCGCCCGCCUGCUCAGGAUAUUCACUGCCAUGGGCACUCAGAGACAGGUAGUCUCUUUACAAGGGCCUAUAGUGUCACUGGCCUGUUACAACACAACAAUAAUGGCAAUAUACCACAGCACAGAUCCUGGCGUGUCUGACCAGCAUAUGGCUAUGGACAUUAUAGCAUUAAAUGGGAGGCAAGUGAGAUGCAAAACAGUUAACUUUCCGCUAACCCCUGCUGCGAAGUUGUCGUGGGUCGGCGCCACGGACGCGGGCUCGCCGUGUGCGUACGAUAGCGCCGGCGUACUGCGCUUGUACGACAUCUCCAGCGCCGUGUGGAUGCCGGUGUGUGACACCAGCGCGCACUCCAGGGGCGCGUCCGACUCAUGGUUUAUUGUUUCCAUCAGUGAAGCUACACAGAAAGUUCGAGCAAUCAUGUGUAGAGGCGCUUCAUUCCCUUUGACCAUGCCCAAACCAAUAGUGUCAGAAUUACCAAUACAGAUACCGCUGUGCGAGAUGGACACGGAGAAGAGUGAGUACGAGGAGCAGCUGGUCCGCUGGGCGCACACCGCGGCGGACGUCGACGUCAAGGCUGCGCGGGAGACUGCACUCAAACUCUUCGCGCUCGCAUGCAGAAGUGAAAUAGAGCAAAGAGCGUUGGAAUUAAUGGAGUUACUGAAAGACGAUCGGCUCCUACCGUUGGCAGCUAAAUACGCAUCGCGGCUUGGGCGCGUGCACUUAGCAGAAAAACUCACAAACUUAUCGGAAACUUGGGAAAAGGACAAUGAAAGACUGAACGAGGCGCAAAAUUCUCAUUUCCAAGAGUUAGAAACACAGGAGACGUAUGACGUCACAAGCACACAAGACUUGAAUGAAAGUUUGAUCAUACCACAAAAAGCUACUGAAAAGAAACAAGAAACCGCAACCAUUAAGCCAAUGCCAAUAAGACCAUCGUCUGGAGGCUCUCGGAAUCCGUUCAAGAAAUCAUCUGAAUCUGCGAAACAGGUGCAAAGUCCACUAACUUUGACGGAUAGGACAUUGGUGGAUAAUAUAGACGACACAACUGAAAAUAACGACCCUCUAAAACCACGGGUUGGAGAGUCAUUCAUGGACUGGUUUGGUCGUAACAAGACCACAUUAGAGCAACAGAAUUCAGAACUCACGCCGUCGGAAUUGACGCGGCAUGGCGUCAGAAUGUUUAAAAACAUACAAGCCAAUGAUAAUAAUACACCAGAUUCGAAGAAACGAAGACUCGACGAGGAAACAAAUAGCUCGGAUUCCCCUGUCACUAGUGCUCCGAAGCAGUCUAAACUUAGCGCCUUUGCUUUCCAGAAAAAAACUUGAGGACUCGUAUUAUACCAAGAGUUGAAUGUUCAGUAAUUAUAUUUAUUAUUACUAUUUUCGAUGAAGCCGUGUUUAUGUCAAAUCUAAUAUACUACUUUUUUAUUUUGUAGUUCUAUUUAUAAGUAAUUGCCGAUUGUACCUAAAGCCGGCGUGAUUCUGCUGAAUUAAGUGGUCUUAUGACGUCUUAAAAAAAUAUUUAAUUUAUAAGCCUCAAAAUAUAAUUCUUCAUAAAAUGA